AUGCCUCCAGAAGACUUCGUGCUACAAAGACUUUAUGAUUAUGAACAGCCUUUACAGAUCUUCACAGACGCGUCGAAGCGAGCUGGUGGGUUUAUCUUCUAUCAGGAUGAGACGAUACUCCUUCAACGAGUAUUCAUCUUCGCUGAGUCUGAGACGAACCUACCUAUAGUUUGCUUGGAAGCUCAUACACUCUACCGUGCGUUUGCUGCUGUUCAUCAAAUUGAACUAGCUGGUCAUCGUCGAUUCCCCGAAGUCCAUUACCAUGUCGAUAAUGUCGCAGUUGAAGCUACUUUCAGGGUUGGUCGGCCGGCGACAUUCUCCAAUAAGGACGCAAAGCCCAUUUUGGCUAAGUACGUGGCAAUGGUGAAUGCCCUGUAUGACCCGUUGGACUUCGGGCGUAUUAUCUUUGUCAAGCGUGUGUCUACCACUGAGAAUCCGGCGGACUGUUUAACUCGUCAUGAUUUAUUAACAAGCUUUGUUCAGUUCGCUAACAGCAAGUCUAUCGACUUAU